AUGCUGCUUCCUCUCAUGGGCUACAUCCUUCCCGUUCUACUGCUGCUAAUCGUCUUUCGCAACUAUACCCUUGUCCCUAGCUCUGUACCCGGACCGUUCCUUGCCCGUUUCACAAACCUCUACCGUUUCUUCUCAGUGCUCUUGUGCUCACCCCACGAAGACCAAACCAAGCUCCACGAGCGUUAUGGCCCAUUUGUACGUCUCGGACCAGACGUGGUGUCCAUACAAGGAGUCUCCUACGUUCCUCAGAUCUACGGCAUCGGGAAGGGAUUCAAGAAGAGUAACUACUACUCUGUCUUCCAGAACAUCGUCAAUGGCAAACGCACUGCUUCCCUCGUGGCCAUGACCGACGAAAGCGAUCAUGCCAGGACGAAGCGUGUUGUCGCUCACGCCUAUUCCCUGUCCACACUCGUCGAAUAUGAGCCUUUGGUUGACAGCACGAUACGGGUGUUCCUCCACAACUUGUCGGACCGGUAUGCGAGAACAGACAAUAUCUGUGACUUUGGACAGUACUUGCAGUACUUCGCCUUCGACGUUAUUGGUGAGCUCACCUUCUCCAAGCGCCUGGGCUUCAUCGAGCACAAUCAGGAUGUGGAUGGAAUCAUCUCUGCUAUCGGAUCCAAUUUUCGAUACUUCUCAGUUCUAGGCCAGAUGCCGAUGUUGGACGAGCUCCUCGGUAAGAAUCCUCUUUACAUAAAAUACUUCCGCAAGUCCGUCUCGAGUCCCAUACUGGUAUUCGCUCAAAAGCUGCUCCAAGAGCGCCUUGCAUCUCUCGAGGAAGACAAAGCCCAGAAAGAAGACUUGAUCCGCAACAAGCCCGACUUCCUGUCGCGCUUCCUCCAGGCCCGCAAAGACACCGACGAGCCUGACCUCACCACCGACGCCAAACUGCUCAGCUAUCUAUUCAUGAACAUCAACGCCGGCUCCGACACCAUAGCAUCCACACUCAAAGCCAUCUUCUACUACCUCCUUACGCACCCGACCUCGCUCUCCAUUCUCCUCCAAGAACUCGACUCGGCUCACGAAGGAGGCAAUCUCUCCACCCCGACCCCAACCUACCACGAAACUCAGCAGCUCCGCUACCUCUCCGCCUGCAUUCGCGAAGCCCUGCGCCUCAACCCUGCACUCUCCCUGCCCCUCGAGCGCGUCGUCCCGCCCGAGGGUCUCACUCUCUCCAAGCCGUCCUCCACCUCCACCAUCAACCUCCAGCCCAACACCAUAGUCGGCAUAAACCCCUACGUCCAACACCGCGACCCCUCUAUCUUCGGCCCAGACCCGGAAGCCUGGCGGCCAGAGCGCUGGCUCUCCUCUAAACCCUCCCUUUCUUCUUCCUCUAGCAUCAACGACAACAGCAACAGCAACGACGACAGCGACGAGCAAGAAGCCAACCUCAAGCGCAUGGACCACGCCCUCCUAGUCUUCGGCGCCGGCAAGCGCAGCUGCCUAGGCAAGAACAUCGCCAUGCUGGAGCUGUUCAAGGUCGUUCCCGCCGUGCUGCUGCGGUUCCGUCUGGAGUUUGUGGGGCGCGGAGAGUGGACGGUCAAGAACAAGUGGGUGUUGGACCAGCAGGGUUUGAAGGUUCAGUUGGAGGAGAGGUGA